AUGGACGAGUUUGCUCAGUCGCGCGGCGACGACGACUUGUUCGAUGAUGAGAUCGUUCCCGUAGAAGGGCCGUCCUCAUCAGAGAAACUCGCGACACAAUCACAGCAUGUCUCGAUGGACCCUGCGCUCUCGGCUCCUCCUCAAGAAGUGAAUGAUUCCAUACCACCUGCACCCUCCACUCGGGAAGAUUCACACCAGGUUUCGAGGACGAGACCGCGGGGAAGAGGUGCUAACGCCGCCGUUAGAGGCAGUACACCGAAAAGGGGAGGAGGAGGAGGUGGUGGUGGUGGCGGCCUCACAGAGUCGAGAUGGGCUUCGAAACCAACCGCACCCUCUCAACCCACAUUGACGCCAAAAGAGACCAUACCUAAACCACGUAUCAAAGCUCAACCUGCAGAUGACGAACAACCAGUGGCUACAGAGGAAGUCGACGACGAUACCGCAACCCCAAUAACGACCGCCCCGGCAAAUGCUGUUCCUCGCACACCUGCCGUCCGAGGCGAUCGCACUGCGACCGGCGGUGUCCGCAAGCCAAAACUGACCGAGGAAGAACUUUCCGCGAAACUAGCCGAAGCAAAGGAGCGCUCCCAAAACCGGGCGGCAGCCCAUGCUCGAGCACAGGCGGACGCCGCAAGUUUUGAGGAACGAGAACGAGUCGCAGAGCAAAAGCGAGCCAAAGACCGAGUGGAGAGGAAAGUUAUGGAUAAUGAACGGGAAAAGAAUCGACAGAGGAAAAUGGCUGUUAUGGGCGGCCGUGAGUGGGAUGCGGGCAAGAAUGAAGAGGACUUCAAAGCCAGCGCUAAUGGGAGAGGCGGUCGGAGACUAUAUCAGCCCGGACUGACACCACAGCAGCAAUAUGCGCAGGACGAUGACGACUUGAAGCAGUACGAGUGGCACGAGGAUCGAGGAAGAGGGCGGGCCGGAAGAGGACGAGGAGGUCGUGGCGGAAGAGGGCGUGGCCGUGGUGGAAGGGGUGCAUUCAACAAUGACGAUGGUGCUGCGUCGUAUAAUCAGCAACAACCCACCUGGUCGGCUGAUGCGGACUUUCCGGCCCUUCCUGGAUCAGAUUCGACCUCGAAGAAACAGUCCCGCAAUGACACCAGUUCCUCGAAGCCGUCGCCGAAGAGAUGGAACUCGGCAGAUCUCCAAACAGACUCUGGAGGCGGCAGUUGGGCCGAGCAGGUCGAGUCGAGCGAGGCUGCAAAAUAA